AUGCUAGCGUUGGCCUUGUCCGCAGAACUAGAAGGUGUGACCGACCUCGUUCCACGCGACACAGCUGAAUCACCUUACUAUUACACAUUCAGAGUCCAGUGUACGUCCUGUCGAGAAAUACAUGCCAAUUGGGUCGGUUUCAGUCGUCAUGAGAUGAAUGAACAAUCAGGCAGUCGGGGUGAAGCAAAUUUCGUGUGGAAGUGCAAGAACUGCAAGAGAGAGUCAAGCGCCACCAUCAAGGCAGCGCCAGCAAAAUACGAGCAGCAGUCACCUGCCAAAGCUAAGAAUCUCAUUGAGAUCGACUGUCGCGGCCUAGAAUUUACGGACUUCAAGCCAGAUGGCGAGUGGGAGGCUACUGGGCUCGAGUCUGGGACCAAGUUCAGCGGGAUUGACCUGUCAGAGGGAGAGUGGUUCGAUUAUGACGAGAAAGCUUCCGAGGAAGUGAGCAUUAAGGAUAUCAAAUGGACAAUAAGGCGAGCAUGA